GACAUCUUAGCCAAUUGGAUAUGAUUGGCUUUUUCAGACACACUGUCAUAGAAUCUGCAAAGAAAUAGAUAUGAUUUCUUCAUCAAUGCAACUGCAAGCUCUGAAUGUCCUUGAAAACUCCAUUAGACCCACAUUAAACCACCACAACACACGAACUUGUGCAUUGAAACUCAGUGAACCCGUACCCACCCACCAACUGUUCGACCAAAUGCCUCAAUCAACUGAUUCUUUAGUUUGGAACACUAUCAUCCAAACCCAUUUAGGAAAUGCUGAUUACUACAAGGCUGUGACAACUUAUCAUGAAAUGUUAACCCGUGGCGUUCGACCCGAUAGGCACACUCUCCCUCGCAUCUUGUCGGUUUCGAGGCUAUCGGGUAGCUUGACACUUGGCAAGCAACUACAUGGGCAGGCAAUGAAGCUGGGUGUGUGUAACGAUGUUUAUGUGACUGGUGGUUUGAUUGAAUUGUAUGGGCAUCUUGAUGGCAUUGAUGCUGCAAAAUGGGUGCUUUACAACUCUGAAAAGAAGAUGAGUUCUGUGUCUUGGACAUUGUUGGGAAAGUUGUAUAUUAAGCAAAAUAAGCCUUUGUUGACCAUCGAGUUGUUUAAUGAGAUGGUGAAUUCGGGUGCGGAGAUCGAUCCUGUUUCGCUCAUCACGUGUGUUACUGCUUGCAUUAUUGCGAAAUCGUUGAAGGAUGGGAGGUAUGUUCAUCAAACAGCUAGGAAACAUGGGUUGAUGUUUGAUCUUUUAGUAAGCAAUUCCCUUUUGAAAAUGUAUAUCGAAUGCGGUAGCGUUAAAGAUGCGCGUGGGCUUUUCGAUCAGAUGCCGUUACGCGAUGCCAUUUCUUGGACUUCCAUUAUUCAAGGGUAUGUGAAAAUCGGAGAGAUAAAUGAAGGUUUGAAGUUAUUCAGAAGAAUGAUUAUCGAAGAUGAUAUUAAACCGGAUGUUGUAGCUAUUUCUAGCAUUCUCCCAGCUUGUGCGAGAAUGGCAGCCCAUAAAAACGGAAGAGAAAUUCACGGUUACUUGAUUCGGAACAGAAUUCCGAUAAACCCUAAAGUCGAAAAUGCUCUAAUCGACAUGUAUGCAAAGUCAGGACGCUUAGAGUACGCUUCGACGAUAUUUUCGAAAAUGAGAUCCAAAGAUAUCGUUUCAUGGACCGUGAUGAUAUUCGGCUACAGUUUACACGGUCAAGGUAAUAUCGGAGUUGACUUAUUUCAAAAAAUCCCAAAAACCGACAUAGAUGAAAUCAGUUACGUUACAGCCCUUUACGCUUGCUGCACGUCGCGCAUGGUUGAAGAAGGUAUGCAUUAUUUCAAUUGCAUAAAGUCGCCUAAAUUGGUACAUUGUGCGUUAAUGGUCGCGCUUUUAUCGCGCGCUGGGAAAUUUAACGAAGCCAGGAUCUUUAUUAACGAACAUAAGUUAUCAAGGCAGACAGAGAUAUUAAAAGCAUUGAUAGAUGGAUGCAGGAUUCAUAGAAAUUUAACCACAGGAAAAAGGUUAAUUGAGCAUUUAUGUGAUUUAGAGCCUCUUAACGCAGAUAAUUACGUAAUGAUGUCAAAUUAUUACGCGCAAUGUGGGAAACAUGACAUGGUUAAUAUAUGGAGACAGACUAUAAGAGACAUGGAUUUAACGCCUAAGAUUGCGUAUAGUUGGAUGGAGUUUAGAAAUAAAGUUCAUGUUUUUAAAACAGGGGAUGUAUCGCAUCCAAGAUCAGAGGGUAUGUAUCGGGAAUUAGAGUGUUUGAUGAAGAAUUUUGGUAAAGACGGUUUUAAGUUGGUUAAAGAUUUUAGUUUUCAUGAUGUAGAUGAAGAACGCGAGUGUGUUCCAAUUGGUCAUAGUGAGUUAUUGGCGAUAUCGUUUGGAUUGAUUAGCACAAAAAGUGGGACGACUAUUCGCGUGACUAAGAAUCUUCGUGUUUGUCACAGUUGUCAUGAGGCUGCAAAGUAUAUAUCGAAAGUAGUUAGCCGGGAGAUUAUAUUAAAAGAUCCAAACCGGUUUCAUCAUUUUAAAAAUGGGACUUGCUCUUGCCAGGACUACUACUAAUCGGUUGACCAUCUCAUAAUUGGUAUGAAAUCUCAGGGACCGAUAAAUGCAAAAUAUUUUUUAAACGCAGCUGGAUGCUAUGGUCAAAUGGUUCCAACUAGAUUCGACAUUCAUGACGCGGUAUCUCAACCAGACAGAGGAUCUAAGACCCGAGGGCCAAGGAGACAAUAGCUCGAACGCCCAAAAAAAACCCAAAGGGCUAAUCGACCCACAGAAGCAGCUAACCAAUGUGGUCGAUGACUGACCUCAAGAGGCUAAGGAUCAAAUUUGAUGUUAAUUCCUGCAGUUUAUGGGUUGUUUUCUUUUAAAUGGUUGUUAUCUUCGUGUUAUCAUAAUCUAUCAACUCUUUUUAAUUGAACAAUUGAUUGAUGUAUAUCUAUAAUUUGAUAUUGGAAACUGGUGAAGAAGCCAAGAAGGUUCAAAAGGGAUGAUGAGAAGACUAGAUG